AUUUUGGAUUUGGGGCUAUAUUUUAUUUUAGACCCAAAUUUGGUAUCUUGGCCCAAAUGCCGAAAUCUUAAUUAAGCAUCUCGCCUUGAAGAAAGAAAGCAACACAGUUCGAUCCACGGUGAAGAACCAGGUCCAGGUAUCGAUUGGGAUUUGGGUGUCGUUAAACAAAUCGGAGGGAAUCUUGUUGCUAGGUUAGCCGUUAAUUUCCGAUUCCAAUUUAGUUCAAAUGACCACCCUAAACACCGACCCUGCCGCCGAUCAAGAAUCGCUAGUCCCGGCAGUUGUUAAAGACAACUUGGUAGCCAUUGAUGGUGAAGGAGACGAUGGAGAAAAAGAGCUGCAUGAGCUUUUGUUGCCUAACGUCAAUGAUCUCCCCCUCUCUCCUCCUUCUGCAAUUGAAUUCAAUUUCGUCACUUACUUCGCUCCUGAUUUUAUGAAGCCGGAGCAUGAUCAAUAUAUUUAUCGACAUGCAAAUGGGUUAUGUGUUAUUGGAUUAGCUUCUGGUCAUGUGGCAUUCAAGGAUGAAGGAGGAAUCACUUCAGUGGAUUUCAAUGUUGGAAAAUCUAACAGAAGUGAGAUCAAGGUCACUGGGAAACGCAAAAGGAAUGCACAACAUUUCGAGUCCAACACAGCCUUAUGUAAAGUAUGCACCAACAAUGGUUUCUAUAUUGUGAGAUGUUGUAUAAAAGGCUCUUUGUUGGAAGUAAAUGAGAGGUUAAUAAAGCAACCAGAGUUGCUGAAUUCAUCUGCAGAUAGAGAAGGAUACAUUGCUAUUCUUAUGCCAAAACCAACCGAAUGGAUCAAGGCUAAAGAUUCAUUCAUAACCUUAGAUGAAUACAAGAAGCUUAGACAGUUUUAAGUUUUUAACAUUUCCAAAUCUUUAACUAUUGUACCCUUAUGAUUCUUUAAUAAAGAUUAGAAUUACAAUAAAUAUGCUUUCUAUAUGUAACAAAUUUGCUACCUUUUUCUUUUUUUAUCACUUUUCUUUACAAUUUCAAGAUUCGUAGCAUUUCAAUUCUGUGAUGUGGGCAUUAUUUUAUCUACUAAGAGUCGCCUUGAUCUAUUAACAUUAAGCAAACAUAAGUAAAUAUGAUCUUCAAGCUCUUCCUUUUGUUCCAAGAAGCAACUAUCAUGAACCCUAAAUUCCCUCAUCACUUCCUCCAACAAAUCAAACUUUCUUCCAACACAUUUUCGAGCAAUCACCUUUCCAAAUUCAACUUCAUCAUGUAAUCUUCCAACAAGCCAACACAUUGUAUCAAGAUCUUUAAUCAAUGUGUAAAUACCUUUUGCUGCAACAUCCAUUUGUGAUCCAACCCUUUUGAGCUCACUUGUUUUGAGCCCUUUUUUAGUCUUGAAUAGGCCUAAGAAACACGCGAUUAAACCCGGGGAUGCUAAUGUCACAACUAAACCAUGGCAUGCGAGAACUAUCAGUGUGAUGGCUAAAACCGUAUAUGAAGCUAUGAGAGCAAAGCCUCCACAUUUUUUCAAACAUAUGAGAACCUUUCUCUUUCUUGUAAUCCUUGUGUGGUUUGUUGUUAACUUGUUUAAUAAGAGUUUAUGAUUGAUGUGUAUUUUGGGAAACUUUUCUGGGGUGAAAUCGGAUAAAGGGUUCACCAUGGAUGAAUAUGAAGCGAGUUCUUCGUAUACUUUUGUGCUACUUGGGACCCUUUGAGCUAGCUUGAUGAGCCUUUUGACUUUAUGAUGGUUGGUGUUGACUUGAUUGAUGGAUUCGAGAAGUUCUUCACAUAUGAUCCAUGCUUGUAAUCCAGAUUCAAAGAAAUCAAGGAGUAGAUGAUGGAGAUUGAAGGUUUUGGCAAGUUUGGCUAUGGCUUCAGUUUGUGGUUCGAGAAAGAUGUCACAUAGAUGGAUGUAAUGAGUGUGAAUGGAUGAUGAAGAGGAUCCAUUAUCGAAUGUUAUGUGGUUUUGAACUUUAUCGCAAAUAUCUAGGUAUGAUUGUGUUCUAAAUGCCUUCAUGUAUUCCUCGUUAACAUCCAAUAUCUCUUUGCCAAAACUUCCUGGGGAUUGUUUAAUAUUCAUGUGUUUACCUGAAAGAAAAAUGAAACGUGUCUACUUUAAAUAAAUGAAAGAAAACUUAAUCCCGGAAAACUUCAUAUUCUCCGAUAGCCUGGGAACAUAUUUAAUUUGGAAAUUAAAAGAAUUUAAAGCUUGCACUCGAAGGCCAUCAUUUGUAUUUAUAAGCUAACAACAAGAAACCAGUUCCUGAGGUGUUAGCUUAAUCACACGUUUGCUUCUAUCCCACGUUACCCACCACUGGGAGGAGAGAGAGAGAGAGAGAGAGAGAGAGAGAGAGAGAGAGAGAGAGAGAGAUAACAAACCUUAACA